AGACUGGUCUUAAUGUUGAUCUUUGUAAUCUUCAGUAUUAAUAUUUGUAAAUGUUAACUAUGAGGAUUUUUUUUAAUGAUGUAUAACGUUUGUAAUGAUUAUACAAAGUUAUAUAUGAUUAAUCAUCCAUUUAUUAGAUAGGUGAGCUAUUUAUACAUUUUAAAUAUUAAAUUAUCAAUUUUAAAUCAUGAUCUAAUUCGUGUCCUGGUCCAUACUGUGAAGGCACGACAGAAGUAUAUGUAAGGGCUAAGGUUUCCUCGGUGUGCAGUACAAAAUGUAAAUUUGAACUUCAUAUUCUUAUUUUCUUUCAAAUGAACCUUAAUGUUUUUAAAGUUUCUUCUGUGUUGUAUUUAAAUAGUUACAGUUUAAACCCAGCCUGCAGUCAGAUUUAGUUGUUUGUUUGUAACACGGUAGUUUUCAGCAGCAGUGAUGUAUGAGCAGCAUGUUUGAGUGUUUUCAGGGUUUUUUUUAGAGUUUAUUUUGUGUCGGCCAAAGUCUGGCUCGUCUGUCUGGGUCGCUCUUAAAGGCGACGUGUGGCUGUCUGCUGCUGCGGAGAUCAGCUGCGAGGAGCUUUUUCUCAAAAAUGCUCCCCAAACUUCAGGGCCUGGAUGAACCGGCAGGACCCGCCGCCCUCCGCUCGGUCAGAGGCCGGACUGUAACGGGCUCAGGUGUCAACUGAAAACGAUGCAGUCUGUGCCCAUGGAGGUGGGAAGCAGCAGCGGCAGCGGCUCAGUGGUUCAGGUUUGCUUCCCCGGCGCUCAGACCUCGGUGCUGGACAGCCUGAACCGGCAGAGAGAGGACGGCAGCCUCUGCGACCUCUCCAUCCAUGUCCAGGGGCAAGUGUUCAAGGCCCACCGCUGCGUCCUGGCUGCGUCCUCGCCUUACUUCCACGACCAGGUACUACUGAAGAACAUGUCCACGGUCUCCAUCCCGGCAGUGAUGGACCCGCUGGCGUUUGAGAGCGUGCUGAGCUGCGCCUACACGGGUCAGCUCCAGAUGCUCCGCGAUGACAUCGUCAACUACCUCACAGUGGGCAGCGUCCUGCAGAUGUGGCACAUUGUGGACAAAUGCACGGAGCUACUGAAGGAGGGCCGAGCCGCGGCGGCAGGAGGGAGCGGAGGAGGUGGAGGAGGUGGGGCUGUGCAGGAUGGAAUAAGUGGAGCUGGAGGAUCAGCCAACUCUGGCUGUAGCAGCAGCAAUGGUGACGGUGGAGCAGGUGGUGGUAAUGGAGCUGCUGGUGCUGGAAGUGUUGGUCAAGUCCAGGUUGUUGAGUCUAACGAGCCCCCGCGAGCCUCCCAGCCUCCCAGCCGCCCGUCGGUGAGCGAGAGCCAAUCACCCAGCAGCACCAACUACUUCAGCCCCAGGGACGGGAGCAGCUUUGGGGGAGGUGGCGCGGCUGCAACGGGAGCUUCUGGGGAUGGAGGCGGGGCUAACAACACCCCCAGCUACUGCACUCCAUCAGGAGGCGAAGAAGCCUUCCUUAUUGAGGAGGAAGAGGAAGCCGAGGAGGAAGAGGAGGAGGUGCUGUACCAUCAAAGGAAACGAGGAAGCACAGGAGGAGGAGGCAGCGGGAGGAGGAAGAAGAUGAGCUCAGUGUCAGAGCAGGAGGUCGGGGUCAGCGACAGCUUUGGGGUUUCAUCCUAUCAGGACGGAGAGGACUCUGCGUUGCCGCUGCAGAAGCGUCCCACCUACAGCCAGCCCAGCAUCAUGCCUCGCAAGCAGUGGGUGGUGGUGAAAACCGAACGGACAGAGGACGACGACCUGAUCGUGGUCUCCGGGGAGGAAGGAGGAGAAGACGAGGAGGACGAGGAUGAGAGGGAGAUGGAGCUGGCACGAGAGCGGGAAAGGAGCAACUUCAACAUCUCAAACGUCAGGAGCCUUUCAGGCGAGCUCGGGGGCAGAGCGGAGAACGAUAUGGAGUCACAGGUCGACUACUGCCAGUCUUCAGAGGACUACCUCAAGUUUGAAGGAAGUCUCAUGGACCAAACUUUAGCGCAACACCUUCACGACGGCGCUGCAGGUCAGAACCAGAACGCUAACCGGGCGGUUUCGGCGCUGCUGGGUCAGGUUCAGUCUGCAGCCUCGGCCCGGGCUCAGCUCUUCCCACUGGACAUGCAGGGAAACCAGAUCCUGCUGUACAGCCAGGCCUCCGGACUCCCGCUGGAUGCUAGCGCGCCGCCUCUGGGGAUGGCAGGCGGUAUGAUCGGAGGGUCGUCCUUCAAAGGUCCCAGUAUGGAGCACGGUGCGGUCCACCUGUCGGUGCAGGGUGGUUUGGGGGUGGAUGGCGCAGAGAGCGGAGGAAUCGGAGGCGGAGGCGGCAACAGUGGCGGCGGCUCUGGGGGUUCAGGGAAAGUGUUCAUGUGUCACUGCGGGAAGACGUUCACCCACAAGAGCAUGAGGGACCGCCACAUUAACAUGCACCUGGACCUGCGGCCCUUCCACUGCCCCGUCUGCGCCAAGAAGUUCAAGAUGAAGCAUCACCUCACCGAGCACAUGAAGACGCACACGGGCCUGAAGCCGUACGACUGCCUCGGCUGCGGCAAGAAGUUCAUGUGGCGCGACAGCUUCAUGAGGCACCGCUCGCACUGCGAGAGGCGCAGCGGGCUGGGAGAGAGCGGCGAAGGUGGAAGCGGCAGCGACGGAGGGAGGAGAGGUGGAGGAGGAGGCGAGGAUGGUCCAGAUCUGAUUUCCUCCCCUCACCUCCUCCUGUCUGCAGGUGAGGGUGGGCAGGGAGGCGUCCUGGGAGGUGGCGCGAGGGGAGGAACGUCAGUGUUGUCCCCACAGCACGGCGGCCUCUCAGCCGCAGGAAGUGGCGGCGGUAACAGCAGCAUGAGUAACAGCAGCAGUGCCGCUCUGAGCAACAACAUGGCCGCUGCUGCAGGGGCGCUCCUCGGGGCGAUCUCCCAGAGCCAGGGUCAGGGAUCUGUGAUGUUUGGCGGUCUGGGGUUGGGUCGGGGUGCGUGUGAGGAAGACGUGUGCGAGGUCAGUGCCAAUGAAAGUAGCGUGACUUAAACCAAAAUGUGUGCCGAAUCCAACGGGCGCCUCUUUCCAAGCAAACAGCUGCUGGUUCCUGCUGCUGCUCUGAAAAGAAGAAGAAGCUCAGUGAGAAACUCUGAAACUCUUUUAACUGCCGACAGGCUUCAAACAGAGGUCGAGUAAAAAACAGGCGAGGCUCCCGUUGGACACGCACAACCUGAAGGACCUCCAGGGAAACGAGACUUUGACUUCCACUCAUCUGCUGUGGCGUUUCUGAGACAAACGUGUGAAACUUGUUGUUGUCCGCAGUUCACAAUACUCUGAAUCGUGGCCUGGUAGAAGCGGACCUUCUGUCUCGGAGUAUUUGUUUAAAACGCCUGAGACGAUUAGUUUAUUCUGAGUGAAGAAUAUGCGCGUGCGUCCGGAGGAAACCAAAAACUAAAAGACAGCGCUUCUCUAACCGUUACCUUCUGUGGGGACAUUGUAGUCUCAGUAGAGUAGAAAAAUGGCUGUUCUGAAUUGCUGUGACUUUCUGCAGUAUUGUUUUGUGAUAUAUUUGCUACGAUUGGAGUAAAAAACAUAAAUCUGCAAAAACAAAUUGAACCUGAAAAAAAUAUUUGUUAUUUUUAAAGCUCCGGGGUUCAUGAAACUCUCAGCUGACUUAAUCAGACGCUAAACGUUUGUUUGAACCAAGAAAAAUGCAGAUUUGUGUUUUUUCAAACUUUCCUCACAGCAGCAGCAGCCCUGCAGUCUUUCCUGCCUCAGACCCACAAAACAGACCAAACUCAGCACUGCCAUGUUGUUUCAGAUGAUGCUGCUGGCACCAGUUUGAAGCCCAGCCUGAGGAUUCAGCUCCGAGAAAACAAAGAGCCACGUGUAGCAUAUAGACUGUAUGUAGAAGAUGGACACAGCCACCAUGGCAUGUUCUAGCUACUCCAACUACUGACUAUGGAACACACCAUACACGAGGAAACCGUAUAUAUAAAUAGGCACAGAUUUCUGCUAGUUAGACUCAUAACAGACUAAUAAUUGAAGAUACGAUAAAUUAUUUAAUUCUCUGAUGCUUCCAUUAAAAAUGCUUCAUAAACACAGUUCACUCAGAUGAUGUGAGGCCUGUAAGCUACAGUCAGUACCGUCAGUUUAGGGAGACACAUCCUAACUUUGGGACUUUGUAAAAUCUAAUGAAGGGAGUUAUAUGGAGUACAAUUGAUAUGAAGGGGGAAAUAUUAAUAGAGGGCAAGAUAACUUUGUACCAGGCUUUAAACAGCUGGGAGGAGGCCUCGGGGCAGAACCAGAGGAGCUUGAGGAGGUGACUGAACUCAGCUUAGACCCAGGUAGGCAGCAAAAAAUGGGUGGAUGGCCUUAACAUGUUUAUUCCAUCUCUGGAAUAACCUGCAUUUCAUGCCCGGGCUUUUCCAUUUGGUAUAAAUGAUAAUAAAUAAUAAACUGUGCUCUUGCAUGGUCUGCAGAUCACUGGGCUCAGAGUGUAAAACACCUGCUGGCCUCAAACUGAAGCUCAGCAAACAUCAGCAAACACCCUACAAAAUAAAAGCUUUGAAACAUCCAGCACAAACCACAGUUACACCAUUAAAGUUUAAGUCUGUAGCAACAAAAUGCAAACUGGACUUUAAGCCUGUGUUGGAUUUACACGUGGUUCUUUAUUUUAGCUGAAGCUUCAGUCGCGCCGUCACAAAGGGAAGCCCGUUGAUCUCAGUCAUGCAUGAAGGGAGGAAUAUUUCUUUAGGCUGCUCAUUUAUUGACGUGUACAGCUCGAGCCUGACUGAAGUGACUUUCAAACAUGUUCGCGUGUUGAAGUUCAAAAGUCGAAGCUAAAUUUAUUUCAGCUCUACACAAACACAAAUACUACCUGUAACUGAUCACUUCCCCUCUGGAGCUUUUAUAGCUGGAGGCGACUAACUUACUGUUUUGCUGCUGCUUUCACUUUAUUACUUUGUUGUUUGCAGAGUUUUGGGGCUUUGAGGAGUAUAAAAUAUUCUUGUUGCUGUAAAUAUAUAGAAAUAUACGUCAUCUAUUCAUCAGGCCGGGAGCGACGCUUAGAUGCAGAUGUUGUUUGAUCUGAUUUUUCAGAGGAGGAAGUCUGUGAGAGGUUCUCUACCCUCCUACCCUGCAGCCAUCUGUUCAGUAAUGUUUAGCUCACUGAGGUCUUAUCUAAGCUACACAGUGUACCUCCUCUGAGUGUCUCACAGCACAUUUAGAUAAAGUUAUGGAGGCGGGUGAAGACUGAACCUCAUCUUCAGCAGCUGUUCUGCACACUGAGAGUCAAAUAUCCUUAAUUCUGUUUGUUAUGAAGAGAGAUUUCUGUCUUUAAUUAUAUUUUUAUUAUUAUCACACUUUUUCUGCCUUUUUAAAUUUCUUUAAAGGUUCUUUGAGGAAAAUGUGUUCCAGAAGUUUGUAGAUGAAGGUUUUAGUAGACUGCGUUAUACCCGUGCAUCUCAAAAAAUUAGAAUAUUAUUAAAAAGUUUAUUUUUUCAUGAUUCAAAUGGGGAAAAUCUUCACAUAUUCUGUAUUCAUUACAUGUAAUGUUUCAUGCCUGUAUGGAAGCAUAUUACCAGGAAUGAUGUCAUCUGUCAUCUACACAGCCGUCAGCUUCCAUCUGAUGAAGAGCUUCAUGGAGAUGUCAGUUUUCUUUUCGCGCAGCACCGAAUGAUUUGAUGACCACGUUGUUCUCUGAUUGGUCCUCGAG